CGGUUAAAACGUUUUCGUCAUUAGAAUGCUUGGUUAUGUAAGGUCAUUAAUAAGAGGGACAUUCAAAUGGUUUUGUCGAUGCUUGUGUCAACUUUAUUAAUAUAGGCUUACUUAGCCAUGAGGAUGAUUGAGAGUAGGUUAGCAGACUCCAGACACAAACUCAUUGAGACAAGCAACAAUAUAGAGAAAGCUACUGCUUUCUGUUCGGAAAAAUACUUGGUAGUUGUUUCACUGCUGAUAACGUAUGAUAGGUUAACCCCGAAAGCAACACACUUGAUGAAAGUUUGGAGUUAGCAACACAAUCUAUAUGCGCGGUAGCUCACGAAGUUAACCGCUUUGCCAGUCAAUUUCUUGAAGCACUUGAGUACCAGUCGUAUCAAACCACUGAUCUGUCAGAUAAAAUUUCCAAGCUGAAGAUGGUAUGCAAUAUUUACUUGGAAAAGGUGGCGCGCAAGGCUGUUGGGUCUUUCACAGUGUCGAGGGUCCCAGUUGUUUAUCAGCAUGAAGGAGUGUUUCCUGAACCUCCACAAAAGUAUAUAAGACAACCAAUCAACUUUUCAAUUUUGGAUAACGUUGGUCAUGGAAUACCCACACAAGAUCCAGUUUCUAAUUAUUAUGGACAGUCAUUCAUUCAAGCUGCUACCCUUACACGACGAGGUAGUUCCUCAGCUAGUGGUCAACUUCCUGGACGACAGCAUAGUACGGUUGCCUGCCGUACAAUGAACUCAAAACCGUGUCUAGAGUACGCAGCACCCACAAAUAAUUUGAGGCCGCAAGUUAGUACAGUUGGGAGGGCAACUGUUAUUUGUCGUGGUGGUAUGUUGCCACCUCAACAAUUCAUAAAUGCCUGUGGUUCUUUAAUGACGCAACAUAUACCCGGUGGAAUCAAUUCGUCUGUUGGCAGCAUAUCAUCAAAUUAUGCUUCAAGUGCAGCUUUUUGUAUGAAUAAUCGUACUGUUAACCCCGAUAUUUUGUGUACAACUAUGAGUAGUGCUCGGUCACGUAAAUCAAGUGGAUCUUCUGGUGCAGGUUCAAAUGCUCCUCAGUAUCACCAUAGUCAUUAUACGCCUGGUCAAACUUAUAUUCAGUCCUCCAACAAUGAACAACUAAUGCAUACUUCACAUGUAACAUAUAAUAAGCCUACUGUCCAAUCUCAGUAUAUGGCUUCACAAAUUUCCCAUGCUGUCGUUAGUGGGACAUCGCAAUCUGCAUACAACAAUAAGGAGGACCGUCAUUUACUCUCUGAUAGGGAUGAAGUAGUUGUAACCGGUCAAACACACCUGCUUCAAAGUCAACAACAGAAUGACCGAAUAACUUCAGUACUAGCAACUGACUCCCCAGAAAUUCUCCACUCUCAGCAACUACUGACCGAACAGCUACCACAAUACCAACAAAAUGUUCGGGAUUCAGUGAUUUACCAAAAACAGUCAACAUUGGAAAUGGACAAAAACAUAAACAAGAUGGGCCAGUUGAAUAUUGCCAGUCAAGCAGUUUCAAGCACGCAGUCGCAACAUCAAACUUUCAAUGAAAAAACAGUCGGUGAACCUGAUGAACACUUAACGAUACCACCUCCUGGCGCAUUUCGCUAUGAUAAUGAACGGGAAUCUCAAGUUAAUCAAAUCAAAGGACAAGAAGUAAAUUUUGGAGAUCCACUGGCUAUGCAGAAUAGUAGAUUAAUACCGAGACAGCCUAGUGACCCCGCAUGGGCACCUGAUUUCUAUAUAGAAAAAGUCAUAACAAUGUACGAGUACGUACGCGAUAAAGAUGAUGAGCUAACAUUUGUAGAGAACCAAAUAAUAUACGUAAUUAAGAAGAAUGAUGAUGGUUGGUGGGAAGGAAUUAUGAAUGGUAAAACUGGAUUGUUCCCAGGAAAUUACGUGGAACCUUUCGAUACGGAAUGAUUAACCCUGGUAACGAAGACAACUUUGACCAAGUAAACCCACGUUAACCUGUCUAAUUAACAAGCCCUGAUUUAACAUAAAUACUUUUUAAUUUUCAAUGGUUAAUUUAUCUAACAAAUUAUAAUCAUCGUCAUCACAAUCAUCUGAUUUUUCAGAACACUGUUCGUCUUCGUUUUCACUCUCAGUGUCUUCAUCAGGGUAGUUUUCCACACAUGUCUGGCGACCAUACUCGUAGCUGCGAACUAAAGCAAAAGAUCGACAUUAAAACAAAUAAAAAAUUUCCUAAAUAUUAAUAUUAUUAUUACUAUCAAAGUCCCGAAUUUAUAUAUCGACAAGAAGCGCUUUGUGUUUUAAACACUUGACAAUACUAGCCAAUACAUUGCUUUUAGUAUAGAAAUCAGUACCUACAUCUGUGAAACAUCUUAACAUAUCAAGUUUGAGAAGAUACAAUUUAUUGCUUAACGGUACCUUAUAGUUUGUAAUUCUAUUACCAAAAAUUACAUUUAACACGUCAAGAUGGGACCUAGUCAUUAUAUUUAACAAAAGUAAACGUUAUUAGACAUAAAUUAAUGGCAGGAUGAUUCGUAAACCAACCAUAGUUCGAGGACGUUUUUUGUGGUAACAUUUUGAAAUGUUUACUCUAUGAAUAUUGGCUAUCGGAGGAGCAACUGCUUUAUUUUUCUUUUGUCAAUUUUUUUGAGUUAGGACAUUUACAUUGCCUUAUCUACUAUAGACACAUUCGUGAUUACUUUGGAUUUCAUUGAACAUGACAGUCUAGUUUUUCAUAUAUUUUAUCACAACUUACCUGAUACACUCAAAUUAUAACUAUCAGUUAAAUCAUGUCCGCAUUUCGGACAAGGAAUAUGCUUUCCACGUUCAUACUUCACACCUUUUCUCUUGCAGUGGUCGUCACAAUAUGUAACUUUACAACGGAGACACGUUUGUGUUCCCAUUUUGUUACAUGAAGCACAUUUAAAGCUCUCACCUUCUAAACGUUGACAGCUUGCCUGAAAUAUUACAUGGGAAAUGAUUAGCUAUGGCAUAAACAUAAAAUCUUACAUAAUAACAAAUUCUGUCAGUUAAUUAAAACUAAAUCAAUGUGUGGGAACUUUGUCAAUGUAUGCAGUUCUUCGUUCGAAAGUUUUAAUAAUGAUAUUUUAAUGUCCAUUUAGUCUUCACUUUGCGUCUUGAUAUAGAUAAUCAUAUGUAACUUUCUACGUUUCAC